UUCGUCAUUCUUUGGGGACACAUACGGAGCGUGACGUUGUUGCGGUGCGCGCGUUUCGCCACCCAUCAAUUACAGAGGAGACUAUUGAUAUAAUAAUAUCUGAUUUAUCGAUAAUACCACGAAGCAUGGAGUCAAAUGAAGAGAGCAGCGAUCAGCAGGAGAAAAGCACGCGCACCGCCGCUCAGAGACGCGCGGAGAUCCGCAGGAGGAAACUGCUGCUAAAUUCAGAGGACCGAAUGAAGAAGAUCGUGGGCUUUAACAACAGCGACACUCCAGCUAGAGGUGUUGUGGAGCCUCGCUUCCAUCUCGAUCUGGACAGGAACGAGCCCUGGUCUUCAUCUUCCUCUACUAAAAGACUCUCGCCACACGUGGCCGAGGCUUCUGGGAUCAACAGUGAGGCGUCUGAGAGAAAUGUCUGCGGUGAUGCAGUAGGUGAGGAUGAAGUGUCUCGUGCAGUACGACAGAGACCUCACGGGGAGUUGUCAGGGGACGAACACUCUCGAUCUCCUCGCAGGGGAUUGCAAAAGUACCUGUGCCGCUUUGAUGAUGCUGUUAAGCUAAGAGGACAGCUGGCCAAUGAGAAAGCAGCUCAGGAUGGCAGUGUAGAUGUAGAGGAGCUGGACACGUUUCGUUUCUUCAGGCUCGUCGGAAGCGUCGCUCUUGCUGUCUUUGUGCGCAUCUUUGUCUGCCAGUACUUGUCCAUAUUUGCACCAUUUCUGACUCUUGAGCUGGGCUACAUGGGAUUGCAUAAAUAUUUUCCAAAGGUGGAGAAAAAGACCAAGACGACAGUGUUGACCGCUGCUCUCCUGCUGUCCGGGAUUCCAGCUGAAGUGAUCAAUCGAUCCAUGGACACCUACAGGAAAAUGAGCGACGUCUUUUCAGACCUCUGUGUUUACUUCUUUACGUUUAUCAUGUGUCAUGAGCUGCUUCUGCUGUUUGGCUCUGAAAUGUCUUGAUAGGGCAAACCACAGUGUUUGAAUGGUGUCUCAUAUCAGUUAAUGGCUACUUCAACACUAAAGAUUUAAACCUUCAGAAAAUUAGUCUGCUGUGAUAUAUUGACACUAUCUGUACACGAGGCCUGUGAAAAGUUUACUUCUAACAGUAUUGUUUAGAUCUGACUUAAAAAUAUUUUGUUUUUGUUUCCUUCACAGUAUAUUUAUAUUUGUCUGCUUAUAUUAAUUUUAAGUAGUGUUGCAGAACAGAGGAACAGAGGUUAGAGUUGACCAGAGAAACUAGUGAAGUUCUUAAACCAUUUGCUCUUUUGACAAGUCUGUCAAGUCCAUGUCAUAUUUCUCAAUAACAACAAAAGGAAAAAAGAAAAUAAUAUGCAAAUCAGAAUUAAAAAUUUUUUUAAAGAAUGGUAAAAGUUACUUUCUUACAAUAAAGCCACCCACCACACACAAAUACAUAUAUUCACACUACUGUAAUUUUAAUCAUUUCUGGGGAUCCUUAAUUAUCUUUAACAAAUUGUUAUUUAUUGCUUUUUUUUAAUGAGAUUUUAUAAAAGUCACCAUUUGCCCAACAAUGAUAAUGUUGGACCGACAAAACCAGUCUACACUACUCUUAAACAAAGAUUUAUAACCUAGAAGUGAACUUUUAAGAACAAAAAUUCUCCCAUCUAAUAUCUUAAAUAGCAAUUUGAUGAGACUUCAGAUCUUCUGAGAAUGUACAAACUAUCGUCAUCAUUGCCUUUAUAGUUAUAGACAUUAGAACAAUGUGGUUUUAUGUUGCAUAGCUGUUCAAGUGUGCAUGUAAUGUUUAAUUUAAUAUGUUAUUUUUAACCUUAUUUAUUUGGAAAUCAGUAUAGAAUUGACCAUUAGCUCAUUGGUUCUGAUGAUGUUUACAUAAUCCUGUGAACCGUACUCUGAUGUAUUACUGUGUUUUUGUUUGCACUGCUAAGUUGAACAUCUGUAACACAUUUACACAUUACUUCUUGCGAUUGUAAUAAUGGGUCUCAUUAUUCGCAUUCACUAAGCAUGCGUACUCACAAAAUUGUUCCUAAAAUGUGCGUACGGACGUUUUGACUAACAAAUCAUAAUUCGACAAAAACUUUCAUACUAAAAUUUAUUUUAAAUGUAUGCAAAAACGUAAGAACAACAUUUACGCAAUAUGAACAAGGAAAAAAUAUAUAUAACACAUAUAUAUUAUAGGGUUCUUUUUCCUUGUUCAUGAUUAUUGCGUGCGUGUGGUCUAAGUGGUUCUUACGUUUUUGCAAACAUUUAGAAGAAAUUUUAGCAUAAAGGUUUAUGUUUUUACUGAUUUAUGAUUUGUUAGUUAAAAUGCCCGAACCGACGCACAUUUCACGAACACAUUCGUGCGUACGCAUGCUUAGUGAAUGAGACCCUAUGUCUUUUAUUAUGAAAUGGAUUAAGGGGAAGCUUCUGCUAAAUUCGUGGAAAUAAAUGUGUCAUUCUGA